AUGCACCUUCAGGUGGAGGCCAUCCACCCGGAUUGCGCCAUCAUCUCACAGCACAUGAAGGCUCAGGAGCUCUGCAGUCAGACCAAGAAGAAAGAGAGCAAGAACCAGACAGAACCUCUGGGCUGCAAGACAGAAUGGGACGAAAUCCGCUGCUGGCUCAGAGCCGACGUUGGCCAGGUGGUUAAUGUGUCCUGUUCUGAAGUUUUCCAACACUUUUCUAGCAAGCAAGGUUACAUCUACAGGAACUGCACAGCAGAAGGCUGGAGCGACCUGUACCCAUCUUAUGAGAAAGCCUGUGAGUUAGGAAAUGACACAGAGCCAGACUCAAAGACAACCUACUUCUCAACAUUUAAACAGGUGUACACGGCAGGAUACGCCACAUCUCUGAUAUCUCUCAUAACAGCUAUCUUGGUCUUCACUUUCUUCAGGAAGUUCCACUGUACCAGGAACUACAUCCACAUCAAUCUCUUUUCCUCCUUCAUUCUCCGGGCCAGUGCAGUCUUCAUCAAAGAUGCAGUUCUUUUCUCAGACGAGUCUCUGGAUCACUGCUUCAUGUCCACAGUGGCGUGUAAAUCUGCUGUAGCUUUCUUCCAGUUCAGCAUCCUGGCUAAUUACUUCUGGCUACUGGUGGAAGGCAUGUACCUGCAGACGCUGCUCGCCCUCACCUUCGUCUCACAGAGGAAGUACUUCUGGUGGUACAUUCUGACUGGAUGGGGUGUGCCAUCAGUUGUCCUUAUUGUUUGGGUGUUGGCACGAAAUUUCUACGACAACAGUGGUUGCUGGGAUGACACAGAUAACAUUGGAGUCUGGUGGAUAAUCAAAGGUCCAAUCACAGCAUCCUUGUUUGCCAACAUUGUCAUCUUCCUAAACGUGAUCCGGAUCCUAGUUGAGAAGCUCAAGUCAACAGGUGUAGGAGGCAAUGACACCGGCCAUUUCAUGAGGUUGGCUAAGUCCACUUUGUUCUUGAUCCCUCUGUUUGGGAUGCACUACACUGUGUUUGCCUUCCUACCAGAAAACACAGGACAAACAGCACGACUCUACAUCGAACUUGGCUUUGGCUCCUUCCAGGGUUUUGUGGUUGCUCUUCUUUACUGCUUUUUCAAUGGAGAGGUGCAGGCUGAGCUGAAGAGGAGCUUGUGGAAGUGGCAGACCCAGAAUCAGCUCAGCCCUGGUAAAAAGCGGCGCAUCACUGUCACUCAGAUUAGCCUCCUGGACAGGGGUGAACCACAGACACAUUUCACUUCCACUAAAGUCACGUCGAUCUGA